AUGUCCAAGGUGGGGAGUUCAAACGCGGAUCCUCGGCUGGCGGCAAUUCAUUUGAUUGAUUCUUAUAUGAUGGAAAUCCAUUUCCUACAGGCCAGACCCAACAAAGUCGAUGACGAGACAUGCGCAUGGCAACUGUUCGUUCUGGUUGGACAUUGUGUCGCGUGGAGAACGGAUGUUCUGGAUGACAUCAGAUACUCGACCGAGACCCGUGGGUCUUGUCGGGCGCCUGCAACUUUGGGGCACGACAGAUGA